GUCAUCCAGCCUUGAUCUCGGGCUUUCAGAGCGAGAUGCGCAAGUCGGGAUGAUGUAUAAACCAUCUCACCCGGAGGGUACCCCUUCUUACCAGACACGCUCCCGUUCCUUGGCUGUGUCGUUUUAACCACAAUAAAUAUCUCUUCUUUUUCGAUCGUCUUCAGUCGCAAUGGCUACGCAUAUCACAGACAAGAUACUCGCAUUCUGCAGAGAACCUAGAAGCGUAAGCAGUGAAUACGCGAAGGAUCCCACAAAACCUCCUGGCCACUAUGCAGAUCAGCUGUACGGGAAAGAGCGGACUGCCGUCACUAAGCAACAACCACCUCACCUAAGGAAGCCGCCAAGCAAGGAGGAAAUUCUUCGCGCGCGUCAAUGUGGGAAUUGGGGUGACUCUGAACCCAGCGAUCUGUUUCUUCAGUGCUACCAUGAUGCGCUCUGCUCGCUCGAAUACGAUCCACUGGCGGGCAUGAUCAGCCCAAGCCUGAUGGGAAGCAACGGUGUCCUUCCGCUCACAAUAAUCGCCCCAUUACCGGAUAUCUGCCGUCAUAUGUCAAAUGUCAUCGCGCGGGCCGAACAUGAAGUAUUCCUUGCGACCAACUACUGGAUCACGUCAGAUGCUUCACGACUCAUCACCGACUCGCUUCUGGAGCUUUCCAAGAGAGCCGGAGCCAGAGGGCAACGGAUCGUGGUCAAAAUUAUGUACGACCGUGGUAACAUCAAACAAGUCAAGGAAAACCACCAGCCAGUCACAGUCGAAGAAUACACCGGCAAGGCCAUCAAGCUGCCUCAUCCUCACGAAGUUCCAAAUCUUGACAUGCAGGUCCAAAACUACCAUCGUCCAGCACUAGGCACCUUCCACUCGAAAUUCAUGAUUGUGGACCGGCAAAUUGCCAUCGUCCAAAGUAACAAUAUCCAAGACAACGACAAUCUGGAGAUGAUGACGCAUUUGGAAGGGCCCAUCGUUGAUUCGUUAUUUGACACAGCAUUGCUGGCCUGGCAUACGAUUAUGGAACCACCACUGCCUCGGUUGCAUUCGCCUGCAUCAGCUGGGAGGUGGACCUCGUUUGAUGACCUGACUUUUCAAUCCAUGUUCAGUGGCGCGGAGAGUGGUAUGGGUCUGCGUAGGGAGCUUAUGCCUCUCCACGCACCUGGUGAUCCUCACUAUGAUCCAAAUAUAGCAUCUGAAGUUCGGAGGAUGCAGGAUGCCCUGGCACCCUUGCCGGGAGAAACGCGCGCGGAGGCCAUCACACGCCAUCUCAAUUUCGCUACCAAGCUCUCGCAAAAUGGUGUCGUUCCUGAGGAUUCCCUCGAUAAAGAAAUGACACCGAUGAUCCCACACAGACCUCACGCAUCCUUCCCUAUCGCUCUUGUCAACCGGAAACCCUGGGGAGCGCUCAAUCACAAAGGCGUCAAUGUCCCUCAAAAUGAAGCUUGGUUGUCCGCGAUACGCAAUGCCACAUCAUCAGUAUUCAUACAGUCUCCCAAUCUGAAUGCUUCCCCUCUGAUACCAGCUCUAAAGGAAGCUUUGGAGCGGGGAGUCGACAUCACGUACUAUGUAUGCUUGGGCUACAACGAUGCAGGAGAACUGCUGCCUUUCCAGGGUGGCGUCAACGAGAUGGUUGCUGAUCAUCUGUACGAGAGCCUCGACAAGGCAUCCAAGCAACGUUUGCACGUGCACUACUAUGUAGCCAAAGACCAAAUGGCACCAAUACAUAAUAGCUUCAAGAAGAGAAGCUGUCACAUAAAGCUCCUGAUUGCGGAUGGCCACGUGGGCAUUCAAGGCAACGGAAACCAGGACACGCAGUCAUGGUUCCACUCAAUGGAGGUGAACAUCAUGAUUGACUCCGAACAGAUUUGCGGCGAGUGGAGAGCUGGGAUAGAACGAAACCAGAACACGCAUCAAUAUGGACGAGGGUCACAGGUUGAUGGCAUAUGGCGAGACGAAAGUGGCAAUGAGGCUGAGGGCGCUGUCGGGAAAGACCCAGGGAAAUUCGCUUGGGCAAAGGGCGUAGUUGGGGCCGUACAAAGGGUUCGUGGCGCCGGCGGAUUUUGAAGGUAGUCAAACGGUACUAAGAUCACGUCUCGUAUGUCUUGAUGAUGGCAUUAGCUUUCGCGUAUGUUAAUGUUAUGAUCGUAGUCGCUCUUUCCUUUCAUAGACUGCGGUGUACCGCGGAGCAACUGACAAACGGAAUCAACACAACACGUCGCUCGUAUCUCUGCCCCGCCGGACUUGAUCACAUACGCUUGACACACUCAAAUUAUACACGCCGUCUACUUCGUUUUCGUUGUUCUUGCGCACUGCGGUUCGGUACAAUGCCUGAGUUGUAUUCGGACCACUUCUUAGCGACCGUAACGCGGGCAGUCGCCGCAACUGCCGUCAAGCAACCAGAGGAAUCAGCUCCAAGUCCGCCCCUCAAGCAGUAAUUUCGCGCCGAGUUCAACAGUUCAGUCCAUAAGCUUGCUGCGCUUGCGACAUCCUUUGAGAAGCUAUAGGUCGAACAACUUGACCGGAGCACCACGAGCCUGGCAGAC